CGAUAAUAUAUCAACAAAGCUGAGUAAAAGUAUUUGUAGUGCCAGUGCACUCUAUCUGCAAUUAAUUAAAACCACCAGCUAGUGUUAAAACUCUAUUAAAGUCGUUGGCACCACUGCGCCGACGAGUGAACGAAGAUUUACGCACUUUCAUUUCCGUGAACACGCACAGAAAAAUGGCCAUAAGCUUUGAGAAACAUCGUGCUCAAAUCGUAGAUGCUUGGAAAGAUGUACUCAACGCAAAGAGCAGCACCAAUUGGGCCUUAUUUGGCUAUGAAGGCCAAACGAACGAAUUAAAGCUAGUUGGAAAAGGAGAUGGCGGCGUGGAGGAGUUAACCGAAGACCUAAAUAGCGGUAAAAUAAUGUACGCAUUCUUGCAAAUCGAAGAUCCGAAGACUGGCCUUAAUAAAUACCUGUUAAUCAACUGGCAGGGUGAGGGUGCUCCAGUCCUACGUAAAGGCACUUGUGCCAACCAUAUUCAUGACGUGGGAAAAUUAUUAUCCGGUGCACAUUUGACAAUUAAUGCGCGUAACGAGGAUGACAUAGAUCUGGAGCGUUUGUUAAAAAAAUUGAGUACGGUUAGCUCGGCGUACAGCUUUAAGGAGCCGCGUGGCGUAAUGGAGGAGCAAAAAGCGCCAGUGGGUACUAAUUACACGCGUGUCAUUCCCACUAAAGAGCUUAAUGCCAGCGUAAUGCAAGACUUCUGGAAAAAAGAGGAAGCUGACGAGAAGAAUCGGAUUGGGGCUGAAAAGGAAGCCAAGCGAUUACACCUUCUUAAACUCGAGCAAGAGCAACGAGCUCGUGAGGAAAAAGAGCACAAUGAGCGUGAGAAGUUGGAAAUAAGUACGACGAAGUUGCAGCCAGCUCAUGUGCCGAUUAAAACCUCACCGCAACCAUUGAGCCCAGAGAAAACAAUUGCAAAUUUUGCAAAAACCUUAACCGAUGCCGAGCGUAUGCGCCAGGCACGAAACCAAGAGGCACGUGAGUUGAUUGGGUCGCGUGUGGGUGCUGCUAAGGCCAUGUUCACCAAACACACUAGCGAGGGUCAGCUGCAGUCCAAACUAAAUACUCAACCCCCGGCGAAGCCCGCCCGUAAUUCUAUUGCGCAACGUAUAAAUGUUUUCAAUCACAGCCAGACGCAGGAUACACCGAUCCCUCUGGCUAAACAUUCUGAGUCUGUGGAUAAGAAACAAGUGGUCAUUGAAGCUUCAGCGGAGGUUGAGGCACCACCUGUUUCAGUCAUUGAAGCGAAUUCUAUUGCAUCCAUUACGGAGGAAGAUGCACAGCAAUCUGAGGAUUUGCCUCUGGCUCAUGAAAGUGAACAAUUCUCGACCAUCAAACGGUCGCCUCACAGUAAAACAAACUCGGUGCAAUCACAGUCACCAGAUGAAACAACAUCGUCGAAUGAGACUGACACGGCUGUUUACAAGGAGGAAGAGGAGGUGCGCACUAAAGUUUCUGUAACCGUGCAGCAGUCUCAGUCGGUUAAGACGUCAGGCUUAAGCACGCUGGAACGCAAUGCACUAACCGAUUUGGUCAAUGAGGAUGACUUCAUAUGUCAGGAGACCUUGGGUGACUUGGGUCUCCGCGCACGUGCUUUGUAUGACUAUCAAGCAGCUGAUGAGUCAGAAAUAACAUUUGAUCCUGGUGAUGUUAUAACUCACAUUGAUCAGAUCGACGAGGGCUGGUGGCAAGGCUUGGGCCCCGAUGGAACCUAUGGACUGUUUCCGGCAAACUAUGUCGAGAUUAUCAACUAAAACCAACAUUAUUAGCAACUAUACCCAAAAUCGUAUCUAAUAAGGGAGCUGCAAAGCAGCUUCAUCAGUUAAUCUUAAAGGCCAUUGCUGUAAUUUCAUACAUCUAUAUCUGAAUUAGUUACACGUAAAGCGUGGCUGCCCAAUAUAUACAUAUAUAUUGAUAUUGAACAAUAAUGCAGAACCAUACUAUACCUAAUGAGAUUUAAAAUUGCCUAUAAACGACUAUAACACGGCUUAGAACGUACGUCGCACGCACCAUGUUUUACAGGUGCCUUCCAUUUUAAGUAUACAUUUUAUAUCUGAUUGUUAACCUUAAGAUUUUGAAACACAGUUGCGUCCUUUUUAAAUGUUUCUUUAUGCACAUGAGUAUUUGUAUUAUCAUAUAUAUGUAGCCAAUAUAUGUCUUAUAUGUACAUGUAUUAUAGGGUGAUCGAUACCUACAUUUACUUUAAUAAUUAGUAACUCAAAAACUAA